AUGGGGAGUAAGACCCUGCCGGCCCCAGUGCCUAUCCACCCUUCCCUCCAGCUCACCAACUACUCCUUCCUGCAAGCGUUCAACGGGCUGCCCGCCGUGCCCUCUGACCACCUCUCCAACCUCUACGGCUUCAGCGCCCUGCAUGCCGUACACCUGCACCAGUGGACUUUGGGCUACCCGGCCAUGCAUCUGCCCCGCUCCUCCUUCUCCAAGGUGCCCAGCGUAUCGAGCCUGGUGGAUGCACGGUUCCAGCUGCCGACCUUCCCACUCUUCCCACAUGUCAUCCAGCCCAAGCAAGAGGCCACCAAUGUGACCCUCAAAGCCAAACCCCGCUUCGACUUUGCCAACUUAGCAGUGGCUGCCACACAAGAGGACCACUCUAAACUGGGACAGGCAGACAGUCAGGGCUCCCCCCCAGGGCUGGGGUCUUUGCUUGAGGUGACUAAACUCUCUCCAGAGAAGAAACCCACGCGGGGAAGGUUACCAUCCAAAACCAAGAAGGAGUUCGUGUGUAAAUUCUGUGGCAGGCACUUCACCAAGUCCUACAACCUUUUGAUCCAUGAAAGAACCCACACUGAUGAACGGCCCUACACAUGUGACAUUUGCCACAAGGCCUUCAGAAGACAGGAUCACCUGAGGGAUCACAGAUAUAUCCAUUCUAAAGAAAAGCCUUUUAAGUGUCAAGAAUGCGGGAAAGGAUUUUGCCAGUCCAGAACGCUAGCUGUCCACAAGACACUGCACACGCAAGUAAAGGAACUGAAACCCGGCAAACUUAAGUGCUGA